UGGGCAGCUCCCUCCUCACCCCGCAGUCUGGACUGUGUGAGCACGGAUUAAGUCCCGAGAAAGUAUGCUACGGGACGGCCGGCGAGUACAGUGUGCCCGAGAACUCACCACCAAUGUCACUAGGGUUGUUGGGGCUUGACUGCCACCACAAUCGUUCAUCCUUUUACUCCGUACUCUCUGGCCAACAGUAUGUCAGUGUGCGGGGGUCUCAGCUGUGGAGCCUGGCUGACCUGGACAGAGAGGAUGUUUCCCGCGCCAUCGGUCCAGAUAUCCUGUCAGUUCGGAGGCUCCAGGUACGACCGCAUCCUUAGCCUCAGCAUCCUCGACUUGGACGACAACCUUCCUCAAGCUCCUCCGUCACCUGUAGUCUUGCACUGGACCCACAGCUCUUCAACGUUGGGAACAAUCGAGUUGUUGGAUUUAGACAGUGUGGGUGUAAACAACUUCACAGUUGUCUUCUUGGAUGAUGUUCUGGAUAUAUUGGAAGUUCACUUUACUGUCAGACAAACAACACAUCGCGGUGUAGAAGCUUCAGUUCUUAGAAUUGAGAUUGGUAUGAAAAAGGGCACCUCUCUGAUAACUUCUCCGUAUAACAUUGCAUUAGAAGUAACAGAUAUCGGCCUACCCCCUCCUAACAAGGUGAUCGUCCCUGUGGAGGUGCGGCGGCCUCCCCCACAGUCCCUAUCAUUGCAGAGGUCCAUCCCCCAGGUGCAGUACAACCCCGGUACAGUGCUACUCUCCCGGGCAGCCUCCCUGCACGCCAGGGUUGCAGAGCCUCGCGGCGCCGAAAGCCUGGAUACCCCGAGAAGUCCGCGAUUCAGCAUGCGCCACCCCGCCCUGAAUGUCACUCAGCGCGCCGGCAUCGUCUUCGUGUACAACACAACAGCGUUGCGCCUAGCACCCAAAACAUUUAAGGUGCGGGUCGAGUGGCAGGAUACGGGAGGACGACAGGGCACAGAUCUGGCUGUGGAGCUAGUUGACGCCGAGGCGUGCCUGGAUUAUGACCAUGUUGACAAUCUCUGUUCGUCCCUCUCCGAAAAACAGUGUGUCCGCACCAGCUGCGCCCACGGACUAGGCUUGCUCUCCGGGUCCGACAAAAAGCUUGCCAAGUGCGUGUGGGUGGCAGACACAACAAAGUCUUCUCUGGGGUACUCCACGUGUACCGCGCACUCUGGUAGUUGUCCCGACGACUGGUGUGACCCCCUGGAGCGACUGUCAGGCAAUCUCACUUGCCUCCAGGACUGCACAGAGAUAGUGCUGGGAGCGGGAAAAGUAAACCCCAAACUGAGCCACGGGGUGUGGCCUGUAACUUCUUCAACAUUUUGCAGUUGUGAUCACUCGAUGGCCUGCUCUUGUACUGGUCUACCUUCUGCUACCGGCAGCUCUCCGGGCAGUCAGAAAAAGCAGGCACCUACAAGCUUGAUGAAGAGUUCUGGCACACAAACCGCGAGUGUUCUCGUGCACACAAAAGCAACACAGACACCUCAAGUCAACAGCACAACUAUGUCUUUGGUGCCAGAACCCAAGGGAAGGCGCAAAGGGGAGGGUUGUGGUUUCAAAUGCCAGACAAAGGCAGCUAUUGGAGGCAUCUUCGUUAUGUCAUCUUGCAUCUGCUUUUUCAUCGUAUUUUCAUCUCGACGACAGAAACGCAAAGCCAGUCGGAAGAUUGUGGACAGCUCAAACACCUUGUUGCAUACUUUAGAGGCUCACAGGACAGCAGAGACUCUACUGGAGACAUUGCCUCCCCUCGCUCCAGAACACCACGAGCCGGUUAUAGUGCCGGAUCCAAGGUGGGAAUUCCCAAGAGAUUCUCUGGUAAUCGAACAAUGUCUUGGCGAAGGAGAGUUUGGAAGAGUUCUAAAAGCAAGAGCUAUGAAUAUUGACGGAGUGAAAGGAGAGACUGUAGUGGCGGUGAAGACACUGAAGAUAAACGCUACUCCGGCCGAGACCGCAGACCUGCUGUCAGAGUACCAGAUGAUGAAGGACGUCUCUCACCCUAACGUCGUGAGGCUCCUGGGUGCCUGUACCUCAUCGGGUGGACCCGUCUACAUCAUCAUUGAGUACGCCGAACAUGGCUCCCUCAGGACGUACCUGAGACGCAGCCGAUUGGUCUGCCCCGAACUGUCCUUGCCCGCUGUUGAACCUGUCUCAUACAAAACUCUCCUUGGUUUCGCCUGGCAGAUAUCCAAGGGGAUGUCCUACUUGGCAGACAAUAAGCUAGUACACAGGGACCUGGCGGCGAGGAACGUGUUAUUGGCAACGAAUAACAUCUGCAAGAUAUCUGACUUUGGUCUUUCACGGGACGUGUACGAAGACGAGGCGUACCUCAAACGUAGCAAAGGGAGAGUUCCAGUGAAAUGGAUGGCUCUGGAGUCUCUGGCCGACCAUGUAUACACGGCCAAGAGUGAUGUCUGGAGCUACGGUGUGGUACUGUGGGAGCUAGUGACCUUGGGUUCCUCACCCUAUCCGGGAGUCGCCGUGCAUAAUCUGUUCCACUUGCUACGGGCUGGCUACCGCAUGGAACAACCUCACACUUGUACGGAUUCACUAUACGAACUUAUGGUGAGCUGCUGGAACGAGGAUCCUAUAGAGCGACCACCUUUCUGGCAGAUCACGGCCCGUCUGGAAAAAAUCAUGGAGGAUGGAGCAGACUACUUGCCACUCCAGCUGGAGAAGCGGCUCGUCAUUAACAGAGGCUAUCUCGCAGAGUUUUCACCGGAUGAUGAUUUUGAUUGUGUGAAACAUGACUUCAACUAUAAGGUGCCAAAAGUCCAAAGAAUUGAGGAGUUCAAUCAGACUUCACCUUUAAAACGGUAUCAAAAUGAGGAAGCUGCCGAGCCACAGAAAGAUCAUUACGAUAGCCCUCGGGGUACAAAGUGCUCCUUGAUCGAUGAGACCUCCAUGAACAACUUGGGGAUCACGAAUUAUACUGUUUUGAGAUCGAAUACGUCGAGCAAAUACCAAAACGACGCACAAAUAAACAUUGAUCGCACCAGAGACAAAGGUAGAAACGACAAAGAAUCCAAGUACGAGGUGAAAAAACUACUAACUCAACAUAAAAGUCUGGAUGACGAUUUUGGCAGUGACAAAAAGACAAUUAAUAAACGAGAUUCUUGUAAGUCAGCAGAUGGAUACGUCGCCAUGGAUUCCGGAAGUAGGCGCGCGAGUUCCGUGGACUUCAGGCCGAACAGUUACGUCGAGAACAGCGAUGUGUCCAGGCGAACAAGUGUUCUGGGCAGAACUGAUGAUCCUAAGAGAUUCAGCUGCGAGGAUAACAAUGAGAUCACACGAUCAGAAGUUAAUGAUAACAGUAGUCACUGUGACUACAGCAAGGAUGUUCCUUCCUGUUCAUCAAGAGAUUUCCCAGUUGAAGUAAUCCCUGAAAUCUCAUCGCUGAAUGCUUCUUACGUAGAAUCGAUGACUAUCGAUGAAAGAUGAAGAGCUGGUUCGGUCUUUUGGUUUACUUGGUAAAAUGCUAUGGGGCAGAGCUAGACUUCGGUGGCUUCAUGAACCUAGAACUAAUUUUCUGUGAUUAUUUGAGUUAUUUAUGUAACAGGCUAUGUAGUAUGCAUAGUAUUGAUGUUAUGUAGGCAGAUAUACGUAUAAAUGAAACAGAGACACAAUCAGUUAGCUCUGAAGUAUUUUUAUGAUAACAGUACGUUCUUGCUUUUAACCACCGGUAACACUACACCUUACAAACUGUCAUUGCUGUAUUGCAAAAUAAGCUUGAAGUUUUAUUAUUUUGCAUUGAAAUAAAAGUGGAUAUUUUUAAGCUUGUUAAAGAACUAGAUAUUGACAGAGCUUAUCGGAAUUCAUUAUCUUCUACCCUUCAAUAUUGUUAUUUAUAUUUAAUCACAUUACAAUAACAUUUGCAAUAAACAAACAACUAUGUUUA